UGAAACAAGUCCCAUGAUACAUUUUCCCGCUAUCCAAACAAGCUUCGAGUAUUCUUUCAGACACCGACUUAUUAAAUAAGAUACGUUGGGUCGUUUUUGUCGGCUCAACUGCAGUUGACUUUCUUGAUAGGAAAACCGGUCUAGUAAAGAGAAUCGAGAUCCCUACAGUUGAAUUGUCGAAAAAUAAAAAAGAACGGCACCAAAAAACGCGGCUUCAACCUGCAAAGUUCGUGCACUUACGCGACAACAGCACACCCAACACAGCUGUGGUUUCAUUUUUAAUAUUUUAUACUUCCAUACAGUCAUCACCGAGGCAUAUACAAAUUAAAAAUAUAUAUUCCUUAAAUUUAAUAUUAGAAUAAAAAGAAUUAUUUAGAUCUAUCUUGAGACUGAUUCAACAGAUCUAUCAAAUACUACCCAGAUCCAAAUUUGUCAAAAGAGAAGCCUUUUGUUUUUUGGGUCUGAUAUCCGAGAUGGAAAGUUCAAGGAGUAAUAGAGUGGAGAAGAGAGGGCUUGAGCAGGGUGUGGAGGAUGAUGACGAGCAUGUUCAUGGAGCGAAGAAGCCAAAGUUGCCGGCUUUGGCGAGUGUAAUUGUGGAAGCUGUGAAGGUAGAUAGUUUGCAAAGACUUUGCUCAUCUUUGGAGCCUCUUCUCCGCAAAAUUGUCAGUGAAGAAGUGGAGCGUGCUUUGACAAAACUAGGACCUUCUCCACUGGCUGGAAGGUCUCCACCAAGAAUACAAGGUCCAUGUGGAAAAAACCUGCAACUUCAUUUCAAAACAAGAAUGCCACCUCACCUAUUCACAGGUGGAAAGGUUGAGGGAGAGCAAGGAGCAGCCAUCCACGUUGUCUUGCUAGACCUGAAUACAGGCAGUGUUGUGCAAACUGGGCUGGAAUCAGUAGCGAAACUGAACGUUGUGGUGCUUGAAGGAGAUUUCAAUGAGGAGGCUGAUGAGGCUUGGACCAAAGAGCAGUUUGAAAUCCAUGAAGUAAAGGAACGUGAAGGGAAAAGACCACUUCUAACUGGGGAUACACAGGUGAUCCUCAAGGAAGGCAUAGGAACUCUCGGAGAUCUUACUUUCACUGACAAUUCUAGCUGGAUAAGGAGCAGGAAGUUUAGGCUUGGCAUUAAGGUUGCCCCUGGAUAUUGUGAGGGAAUUCAAAUUCUUGAGGCUAAAACAGAGGCUUUUGCGGUGAAAGAUCAUAGGGGUGAAUUAUACAAGAAGCAUUACCCUCCUGCUUUGCAUGACGAAGUUUGGAGAUUGGAUAGAAUAGCAAAGGAUGGAGCACUGCACAAAAAGUUAAUCAAGGCUGAAAUUGUUACUGUUGAAGAUUUCCUCCGCCUUCUUGUCAAGGAUCCACAGAGACUAAGAAGUAUCCUUGGAAGUGGAAUGUCCAACAGGAUGUGGGAGAAUACAGUGGAGCAUGCAAAGACUUGUGUCUUGGGUGGGAAGCUUUACAUUUACUACACUGAUGAAAUCCGCAGCACUGGCGUUGUGUUCGACAAUAUUUAUGAGCUCAGAGGCCUUAUAACGGAUGGGCAGUUCCUCCCUCUGGAGUCGCUUUCCCACAGUCAAAAGAUUUCAGUGGAUACUCUGGUGAAGAGAGCAUACGAGAAUUGGCAUCAAGUUGCGGAAUAUGAUAGCAAAGUCCUGAACUCCCUCGCCAGUACUAAGAAGGAGAUAAGAGCCUCACCUGCACCAAUAGCUGACCACAACUAUGCCACAGAUCAGACUAUAACAACUCUUCAGAACAGGCAGCAAUAUAGCUCUGAAUUGAGCACACAAAGUCACUAUAACAACCAAUCAGUCCCUCAGUUGAUUGAAUUUCCAUUUGUGAGGUCUAUUCAAACACCAGUUAUGACAUUAAAUAAACAAGCAGUAUUACCAGGCAACAUAGAUUGUAUGUCAGCUGGAACUCCUGCAGUUGGUGGUUCAUAUUUUUCAGGAGAUUGGUCUCAACCAAGGAAUGAACACGGAUCAGAAGAUGUUUUUGCUGAGGAAAUCCGCCUUAGGAGUUCGGAGAUGUUGGAGAGUGAUGACAUGCAGAGGCUGCUAAAGACAUAUAGUAUGGGCGUCGAUGUUGGAAUGGGGGUUGGUUUUGGUCAUCCCGAUGAGGCUUGUUUCUCUUACAGUGUAGAAUAUGCGCCUCAGAUGGAUGGGACAUCUAGGCAUGAGCAUGGCCGGAGCUCAGGGAAAGCUGUUGUUGGAUGGCUUAAACUUAAAGCCGCUUUAAGGUGGGGGAUAUUCGUGAGGAAGAGAGCUGCAGAAAGGAGAGCUCAGCUUACUGAGAUAGAUUGAGUUAAAUACUUGGAUCUGAUGUCAUCUCAGGUUCCAGUGAGAGAAUAUAACUCAGUGCCUUGAAAUUCCUUCUAAUUGUCCAGAAGACACAUAAAGAAAUGAAAGGACGGAAUUUAUUUGCAUUAAGAUUGAAGGGCUACAAAUGAUUUCACUUUUCCUUCUUACUCUUUCUUGAAACCGAAGAUAUACCUGUAAAGAGAGGAGAAAGAAGAGUCAUACAUCAAGUUUGCUCGAUGUGUUUACCUCUAUUUACUUGUUCCAAGCAGCACCUUUCUCUUUGUUUAUUUUCCUUCUCCUAUGAAUUACCACAACUUAUUUCCUUUCAUCUGUUUGUAAUAUCAUUAUUCUUUUUCUCCAAACUUAUUCACGAUAUAGCGUUUCUCAAUAAUAAUAAUCUUUUAUUCUCUA